GCCACAGGGGCGGCCGGGACGGGCCCAGCGGGGCGCCCCGCCAUGGCGAGCCCCGCACGCCCGCGGCAGGAGCCGGCGGCGGGAGAGCGGCGGCUUCUUGGAGCGGCCCCGACGGUGCCCCGCGACGCCAAGCUGAUGCUGCUGGAGCUGCGCCGCUGCGGGCGGCCGCCGUCCCCCGGCCCCGGCAUGCGGCGGGAGGAGGUGGAGGAGGAGGCAGAGGAGGAGGAGGAAGAGGAAGAGGAGGAAGCGGCGGCGGGCGAAGACUGUUGCAGCAAGUGCAAGAAGCGGGUGCAAUUCGCCGACUCGCUGGGGCUGAGCCUCGCCAGCGUCAAGCACUUCAGCGACGCCGAGGAGCCGCAGGUGCCGCCUGCCGCGCUGUCCCGCCUGCAGAGCCCGGCCGCCGCCGAGCCGGACCCGCUGCCUCCCGGUGAGGACCCGCCGCAGCCCACGCCGCGCCUGGUGCCCGACUUCCCCGACGGCGGGGAGCCCAGCGCCGAGCGGCUGCAGCGGCAACGAGUCUGCCUGGAGCGGCUGGGGCGGCCCGCGGCGCCCACCGACGUGCGGGGCACGGUGCGAGUGUGGGGCGGCCCCGGCCCCCAGGAGGUGACGGUGCGCUACACCUUCAACGAGUGGCUCUCCUUCUUGGACGUCCCGGCCGCCCCGCUGCCCCCCGACCCGCCGGCCGAGCGCUACUGCUUCACCCUGCCUGUCCCGCCGAGCCUGCGGGAGGGCUCGGCCCUUCACUUCGCCAUCCGGUACCGCGGCCCGCAGGGCGAGUUCUGGGACAACAACGGCGGCCGCAACUACACUCUGCGGUGCUGCGGCUGCCUCGAGAUAGGCCCCCGCGAUUGAUGGGCGCC